AUGAAAGCAAAUCUUGCAAAAAUCUUGCAGGAAAACUGCAAGUUUACUGACAACGGCCAGCAAAACAUCUCACUUGACUUUGCGAAGAAGAUACUGUCAUUGGCCAGCGAAGAAAAUACCAACGAAAAUCCGGCUCAUUUAGUUUCAUCACAGCCUGGCUGUUCAGAAGAUAAGGCAAAGGUUCUGCAUAUCAGUUAUCAGCAGAACAAUGGCAAUGUAGACUUUGUGCGGUUGCUGGAGGAGAUUUUGAAGUGUGUGGAUGGUCCAUUGAGUGAAGAAGAGUUGAAGAGGACGUUUGAGACUAUAGACAGCGACAGGGACGGGGUCAUCUCUUGCGACCAAAUGUGGGAGAGCUUGAAGAAAUUUGGAAUGGUGUCCAGAGAUGAAGUUGUGGACAUGAUUGAGAAACUGGGCAAAGGAUGUGCCGGGGCAAUCACUCUCACAGACUUUGUGCAGGUCAUCGGCGCCCAGGGAAUGUUGUCGGCACCCUCAAUUGAUGGUCUGGAUGAUGAAGUCGAGUAUCAAGACGAAGAUUGGAUCCACGAAGGGGACAACAGCGACUGA